AUGGACUCUCAAUCUUUUGCGUACACUGGUAUUCCACCCGGGCGAAACUUUCGGUUGCUCAGAAUUCUCCCAGGCUCGUCUGACGAUGCCUUGGCGUGCGAGCUUUUCGUGUCUGACCUGGACAACUCGACACCAUACACAGCUCUCUCAUAUGUCUGGGGAAAUCCAAACAAGGUCGCAGACUUGGAGCUGUCAGGACAUGCUUGCAAGAUUACACGAAGUCUUUCAGAUGGGCUGCGUCGUCUUCGAAAGCCCGAUGAGGCGCAUAUUGCCUGGGCUGACGCAAUAUGUAUCAAUCAAAAUGACAACGAUGAGAAAGGUCACCAAGUCGAUUUAAUGGGUGCUAUCUAUGACAAUGCUAACCAUGUGGUUGUGUGGUUGGGCCCUGAUCCUACCACCUCUGCAUCAGAGGCAUUCCGCUGCUUGCAGACCAUUAAUUACAAAUUGUAUACCAAGACAGACAAGGAGUAUUUCUACCCUGAUGAAGGAGAAAUGCCUACCGUAUACAUGAAAACCGAGGCCAAUCCAGAACCUCGAGAAAUGUCACGGCCCGUCGGAAGGAGAUCAGUUCAUGCAUCUGUGCUGGGUGAAAAGGGAACAGAUUGUGUUGGGAAACUAUUUGAUCUAUCUUGGUUCUCUCGCGUGUGGGUUCUUCAAGAAGUUGGCCUCGCAGGUUCAGCAACAGCAAUAUGGGGAGACAGUACUAUUGAAUUUGGCGAGAUUGCUUCCUUCAUAUGGAACGUAUACUACACCGAGGAACUAAGGCACGCAUUGGGGGCUGAGAUAACUCAAACUCUCUCGGGUGCUCCCCUCUAUGCUGUGUGGAACGUCUGGUCCACGUACGAAAAGACAGAGUCAUGGAUAUACCGAACUCCAUUGCUAAGGAGUUGUGCCGAGCUUAUCGCUGGCCAAUGCAGUAUCGACUUCGUCCUUGUUCUUGAGGCUUCACGGUAUUUCAAUGCCACCAAUCAGCUAGAUCAUGUGUAUGCCUUUUUGGGUCACCCAAAGGCUAGGAAUCCUGUUACGGAGGCUCCAUGGCUACAGGCCAACUAUUCUCUUGACGUCCAAGAACAGCACCGACUGUUAGCCGCUAGCCUGUCUCAAGACUCAUUAAACUUCCUGGUACAGGCGCACCAGACUGGAGAAAGCCUUAAACUUGGAUCUGGUUAUCCAACAUGGGUGCCAAUGUGGAAUAAAAAGACGCAAAACCACGCGGACGCUUUUUGGGAAGCAUGGGACGCUAGUCUACGAAAGGAGGAAGGGAAUCCUGCCAAGGCUUCUGUUGAUGGGAAUCGACUCAAAGUAUCCGGGAUCAUUAUUGGGGAGGUUAAUCAGUUCACACGAACGAUGGAGUCUUCGGACUUCGAUGUGGACAAGGAUUUCGGCGGCCUGCUCGUUGACUUGUGCUGGGAUCUAGCAGGACGGAGACCGCACCCAUAUCUACCGAAAGAGGUACUAGCGGCAUUUGCGUCGACACUUUCCUGUCACUACAAGAUCAGGGGUAACCAACCUAUGGACGGUCGCGAGCGGGUGGUCGAGCAGUUGGCUGGAUAUUGUAUGCAUCUGAACAAUGGUUUCUACCAAGCCCAUCUGGUGCCAAAACACGGCGAUGGCUUCUGGAACCUGAGCACUGUUUUAGAAGUCGGAAAGUCAUUCACGCCUAGUUUCAAGUCUCAUGCUGUCAAUAGGCGGUUCUUCAAUACGAUGGAAGGGUAUUGGGGAAUGGGGCCUUCAGCUAUGCAGUCCGGGGAUAUAUGUGCUGUACUUCUUGGUGCUGAUGUCCCUUUUGUUUUAAGGCCUAAGGGGGAUUCUGGGGAGUACCAGGUGGUAGGGCAAUGCUAUAUGUACAAGUUUAUGGACGGUCAGGCGGUUGUGGCAUCUCGAGCUCGGCAGGCCGGUUACGAAGAAAAAGAAAUUGUUCUUGUGUAG